GCGGUGGCCACUGGCGAGCGUGAGCGCAGAGGCGCGCGGAACGACCCGAUGACCAAAGCCUUUCGCCGGUCUUGUGCGGCUCCUCCUCUACCCCCCCAUCGACGCCCCAGUCAUUGCUCGUGUCAGUAACGAAUCCGCGCUUGAAACCGGCGAGCAAGGCGUUGCGUUCAUCGUGAGCCUCGAGGCAUGCCUUCGAGCGCAUAUAGCAUGAUUGCUGGUGCGGGAGGCGGUCUUGUGGCCAGCGUAGCGACCUGUCCCCUGGAUGUCAUCAAGACGAGGCUACAGGCCCAGCGGCAUGCUCAUGGAGAGGCCAGAUACGAGGGCGUGGUCGCCACUUUCAAAACUGUCCUCAAGCACAACGGCAUACGUGGGCUCUACCGGGGACUGGGACCGACAAUUCUUGGCUACCUCCCGACUUGGGCGAUCUACUUUGCGGUGUAUGACGGCAUCAAAGAACGCUUUGGGAGGGAAAUGGAAGAAGGCUCAACCGUGCAACACAUCUAUCCAGCAGCUCAAGCCAAGGGAUAUCAGCCCUUUACGCGGGAGCAUCCCUGGUCUCUUCACAUCCUGUCUGCUAUGGCGGCCGGUGCGACUAGCACCAUUUGUACAAAUCCCCUUUGGGUUAUUAAAACCCGUUUCAUGACGCAACCAUUCGAGGAGAAAAGAUACAGACAUACGCUGGAUGCCGCCCUGACCAUAUACCGGACUGAAGGGUGGUCAGCAUUCUCCCGUGGCUUGUUGCCAAGUCUUCUGGGAAUCCUGCAUGUCGGUGUGCAGUUCCCGCUGUACGAACAGUUAAAGACCUGGGCCCGACGCAAUUCCUCGGAGGACUUGACGCCUAAACAGUUUCUCGCCUGUUCCGCCACAUCAAAGAUGGUCGCUUCAGUCACGACUUAUCCACAUGAAGUAGUGCGAACGCGACUGCAGACGCAGAGGAGGAUAGUGAACAACGCUAUUCGAGGAGAGGAGAUACCACAGCAGCCCCGAGCCGGUCUAAUCAAGACUGCGACAGAUAUCGUGCGGCACGAGGGAUGGAGAGGGCUGUACAGGGGCCUGUCCGUGAACCUUGUCCGGACAGUACCAAACAGCGCGGUGACGAUGUUGACGUAUGAGAUGCUGAUGCGAUACUUCGAGGCGCGCUCGAAGUCAUAACGAGCAUAGGCUGGACUAGGACUGUUUGCCGGAGCAGUGCGUCGCACCAUAUAGAACGACGGGUAUACACCUCGCAUUGUAGUAUAUCGCCACACAUUCCUUCAGUCCCUUAUUGCUGGUACUCUAUUGUUCUUUACUGAUGAUGACUAUGAAUGCGCUGCAGAUAAUGGGCGCUCCGUUGCCCUCGUCCCUUUUUCUACCGACUGCAUGGCAGCCAGUCUAGCCUUCUAUCAUGAGACG